AUGCAACUCGUCAAGUCCAAGGCAGUGCAGAGCAUCGACGACAUCGACGAGGAAGGCGUCGGCCUGAUCCCCAUCGACCCAGAGGACAUGUGGCACGCCAACAACCUCAUCAGCACCGACGACAUUAUCCGCGCCCACGCCGUCCGCAAGGUCGUCCUCGAGACCAAGACGGGCAGCACCAGCUCCGAGCGCGUCCACACCGACCUCACAAUCCGCGUCACCUCGACCUUUUUCGACCCGGCCGCGUCCGCCCUGCACGUCUCGGGCACCGUCAUUGUCGAGAACAACUGGGUCAACAUUGGCCAGUACCACACCCUCGACCUCGAGCUGCACCGGCCCUUUACGAUAUGGAAAAAGCACGGCUGGGACUCGGUCGCCAAGGAGACCCUGCAGGACGCCCUGAAGCAGGACAAGGAGGGCGCCGUCGCGGCGGUCGUCAUGCAGGAGGGCAUCGCAAACAUCUGCAUCAUCACAGAAUACCGCACCAUCCUCAAGCAGCGCGUCGAGAGCAGCAUCCCCAAGAAGCGCUCCGCCAGCUCCGACCAGGACUCGGGCAUGCGGCGCUUCUUUGAAAAGACGCUGUCGACACUGCUGCGGAGCGUCGACUUCUCCAAGCCCCGGCCGCUGCUGCUGGCCAGCCCGGGCUUCGUCGCGGGCGACUUCAAAAAGUACAUUGGCGACGAGGGCCUGCGGAGGGCGGACAAGAGCAUGCAGGCAAUGGCGAAGCAGGCGACGGUGGUGCACUCGAGCUCGGGCCACCUGCACAGCCUCAACGAGAUCCUCAAGAGCAGCGAGGUGACGGCGACGAUGAAGGACAUGAAGUUCUCCAAGGAGACGCGGGCGAUGGACGACUUCUUUGACAAGCUGCGGCGAGACGACGGGCGGGCGUGGUACGGGACGGCACCAGUGGAGAAGGCCGUCAUGGAGGGCGCGGUGGGCCGGGGCGGUGGUGUGCUGCUGAUCAACAACUCGCUGUUCCGGAGCAUGGACAUUGCGACGCGGAAGCGCUAUGUGGCCAUGGUGGACAAGGUCAAGGAGGACGGUGGCGAGGCGAGGAUACUGAGCAGCGACCACGAGAGCGGGCAGAGGCUCGAUGCUCUGGGGGGGAUUGCCUGCACAUUAACGUACCCGAUCUUGGAUCUGGACGAAAGCGACGACGAGGGAGGAGGUGACGGGGGCGAAGGGGAGGAGAUGGUGAUAUAG